UGCCACUUUAAUCCUCACAGUGGGGAGAAAGGACUCCGUGAGGAAUGACGGAUCCAACUAGUUGACCACUCGAUCGUCCGAACCACGCUGGCGUGAGAGUGAAAAGUAUAGUUCUCAGGAACCUGUGGAAGUCAUUGACAUGAGAAAAGUUCCUGUUAUAGUUUUAGGCAGUGAGAGCUGAGGGGUAGUGGUUUGACGGUGGGUGGACGGGGCUCAACAUGGAUGUCCGGGGAGCAACGGUGGUUCCUCUGAGCUGGAAUUAAGGCCGUUUCAGGCUCAUUUCCUUUCAGCGAAGUUUGUUUAUGGAGUUUUAAGUGCCCUACGAAGUUUCAGAAGUGAAGCUAACUGUCUGCUGCGGUGAGAAACCAUAAAAAGAUGUUUAGGAUGCUGCGGCGAGAUGUGCCACUCUCAGAGAGGUUGGGGGAAGACUCUCCAUCAGUCGCUGCCCCAGGCCCUCCUGCGACCGCUGCCCCUACUGGCCCCAAUAUGUCGUUGCUGCCAGAAGCUCCGCUGAUGAGCCAAGAUCAGCCGAUCUUUCUCAUGACUCCUGCUGCACAGGCUGUAUCAGGCUUCUUCGUCUGGACCGCACUGAUCCUCACGUGUCAUCAGAUCUACAUGCACCUGCGUUUCUACUCUUCGCCGAGAGAGCAGCGACAUAUUGUGCGCAUCCUCUUCAUUGUUCCCAUUUACGCCUUUGACUCCUGGCUCAGCCUCCUCUUCUUCACCAAUGACCAGUACUACGUGUACUUCGACACAGUCCGUGACUGCUAUGAAGCGUUCGUCAUCUACAACUUCCUGAGUCUGUGCUACGAGUACCUGGGUGGAGAGAGCGCCAUCAUGUCCGAGAUCAGGGGGAAGCCCAUUGAGUCCAGCUGCAUGUAUGGGACCUGCUGUCUGAGGGGCAAGGCCUACUCCAUCGGGUUCCUCCGGUUCUGCAAACAGGCCACUUUGCAGUUCUGUGUGGUCAAACCGCUCAUGGCCAUCAUCACUGUCGUGCUGCAGGCCUAUGGCAAAUAUAAGGACGGUGACUUUAACGUCGCCAGCGGUUACUUGUAUGUGACUAUCAUCUACAACAUCUCCGUCAGUCUGUCUCUCUACGCCCUCUUCCUCUUCUACUUCUCCACACGGCAGCUGCUGAGCCCCUACCGUCCCAUGCUCAAGUUCCUCAUGGUCAAGUCGGUCAUCUUCCUGUCCUUCUGGCAGGGCAUGCUGCUGGCCAUCCUGGAGAAGUGCGGCGCCAUCCCCCAGAUCAACUCCCUGGAGGUGUCCUUGGGUGAGGGCACCGUCGCUGCUGGCUACCAGAAUUUCAUCAUCUGCAUCGAAAUGUUUUUCGCCGCCCUGGCCCUGCGUCCUGCCUUCCCCUACAGGGUCUACAUGAACAAGAGUCUGGACUCGCUUGGACCAGUUCCUACAUACGGCGAGUUUGGACGUUGCGCUCCCAUGAAGAGCAUCUCUAGCAGCCUGAAGGAAACCAUGAACCCGGGCGAUAUGGUCCAGGACGCCAUCCACAACUUCUCCCCAGCGUACCAGCAGUACACGCAGCAGUCCACCCUGGAGCAGGGGGCACCCACCGUCGUCUGCCGCACCAACAGCACACUGGGCCCUCGCGGGGACUCUGAGAAGACACUGCUGCUGAGCUCAGAUGACGAGUUCUAGGCCCCACUACCUGGACCGGGUCUUAUUUGGCUCCACUUUUAGUUGGAGUUCUCACUCCUACCUGGACAGACUGUUUUAAACGCAAAUUAAAGUUAAUAAUGUAACAAUUUUUUUUUUGUGCUGCCGAUGUAAAUGUUCAUGUUUGGAGAGACGGUGAAGACGACUUUGUGUUUUUAGAGAUUGUACUGCUUUUUAUGUUUGUCUCUGCAAGAUGUUCUUGUGAGUGUCUUUUUUGUAUAUUUAUCAGCCACUUUUUUGUUAUUUAACUUGACGUGCAGACAAGGAUGUGGACGUGUGAUAUGAGUGGAUGGAAUUUUAAGAGCCACCCUAUGUUUUGGAUCAAUACAAAUGCAAUCUGUAACCGAGGAUCCGAUUAUGGCUCGACCCACUUCUUCUGCUCCAGUCAUCACCGUCAAGUGGGCGGCACCAGAAAGUGCAUCCGGGAUUAGACGGCUGUAAUUGGGGCGUUAUGUGAGGUGGCUGGGAUUAUUUAAUGCCGGGUGGAGCACUCUCCCCCCCACAAUCUGGGUUAACUGGAUUGAGGUGAGAUAAAAUAGGUUAAAACUAAUUUUAGUGAGAGGCUUUAAAUGGACAACAAAGAUUUUUUUUUUUUGAAACAAGGCCUGUAGUGCAUCAUUGUUUAAAAUUAAAAUCCCCACAACAGGUGAAGAAAUAAAAUAUUUUCUUUGUUUUCACAACCUUGUUUUUUUUCUUGUUCUUACACAUUACAGUAUAUAAAUAAAAGAAUGCUACAAAUAUAGGUGGCCAAAAUACAUCAUCUGGAAUGUUUGUAAACAUUAUUUGAAUUAUCUAAAUUAUUUGCUUGUUACUGAAUGUAGAUAAAACAGUUACUUGAGAAAAAAUAUUAAUAUAUAUAUCGCAAAAAUAUUUUUAGAUACUGUUUAUGCAAAUAUAUUGACUAAAUAAUACAAUGUAUACGUGUGGAAAUUGAGAUAAUUAUUUAAACGUGCAACGUUCACAACAUGGAAAAAUUAUAGAUUAUAUUCUAAAGCCUUUGGAGUGAACUACACUGCUGUCUGUUUUUUUUUCCAGAAUCUGCUGCUAGGGAGUUCAAAAUACUCAAGAUUUAAGACUCAAUUUUUUUAACAUUACAGUUAGUUAAAUUAAAACGUAUUCCUACGUCAAGGAGUUUUCUAUUCGUUGGGAAUAACCUAAGAAUUUGAUUGAUUUUUUUUUUGUGAAAUGAUGAUCAGAGGAUGAAAUGUUGAUGGAUUACAAACUCGGUCUACCAUCUGCCGUUGAAUUAGGCACUUCUGAAAUGCGACUGCCCCCUGCUGC